CAUCGCCGCCCCGCGCGGCGCCGCCGCGGCCCGGAUUACAUAAGGGCGCCGGAGCGAGCGGCCGCGGGAUUACACCGCGCGGAUUAGGGAUUACGUUGAUUCAGCACAUUGCCCGGUGCUUGUCUGAGAAAGAUUACACCGGCAGAGUUAAGAAUACCCCCUGUGCUGCGGUUGUGUAUCUGAGGCAGCUCAAGAGGACGCCUUUGGGAGGGGACCUUGCUGUCACAGCCCAGUGUCACAGGGAACUGCCACUCCAGACUAUCCUGCAUGGACAGGACACUUGAAAACUAGAGAAGUCACCUGAGGUCCCGUGAGAACCAGCGCUGUCUGCUCAUAAAGUGCUGUUUUAGAAGAGCAGCCUCUGACCAAGAAUAAAAGUUGUUGUCGGAAUAAUAUGCGAACAGAUCAUGAAGAACUCUGUGGCACCAGUUAUGGAUCUUUUUGUCUGAAUGGAGGGAUUUGUUAUAUGAUUCCUACUGUGUCCAGUCCAUUCUGCAGGUGUAUUGAGCAUUACACAGGAGCCCGUUGUGAGGAGGUUUUGCUGCCCAGCAUCAAGUCCCAAACAAAAGGUGACCUGUUUGCAGCUUUCUUGGCUUCCCUUCUUCUUCUAGGAGUUCUUGUAAUUGGAGCAUUCUACUUCCUUUGCAGAAAAGUUCCCAUUCCAAGGACAAGUUCCUCAGAGUGUGGUGCCAGCCUAGUUGAACCUGCAGGCAGCAGUGGCUGCAACAAAAUAACAACAGCAUAAAGCAAUCCAGUGGAGGAAUGGUGGGGGAACAACAUGCAGAGCAACCCUAAGAAGACAAGAUGGAGAGGAUGAUGUGGUGAACAAGAUGAGAGAAGAAAGCAGAUUGAAAUAGGAGGCUUAUGAGUUGGAGAAGACUGCAACUUAAACAUAAACAGUUGCACUUAAUGGAGUUUGUAUGUAUAUUUAAAGGUGCAUCAAUUAUACAGACAUCACUAUAAUUUG